CCCCUCGGCCGGCCCGGGCGCGCGAGACACCUGUCUGCGGGAGCCGGGGCCGCGGGGCGUCCCCGCCGCCGGCCGGGCGCAGCCAGGCCAUGUGUCCUCGCAGACGGGACAGCUGCGGCUCGCCGCCCGGCGCGCGUUCCCUGCAGUUCUUGUCCUGGUUUUUUUUUUGAUUCGGGUUGGAGGACCCUUCUGGGUCCCCGCUCCCGCCCAGUGGCCACUACUCCCGAGCCGCCUGCGGUGUGGCGGGGAGGUGCCACACCAAUGCUGGGUGGCCGCCUCUUUCCUCCACCCCCUUCCCUCCCCCGGCUCAAGGUGCCCGCCUCGGGAGAGGCCGCUGCGAGCUGCCCGAGCCCCCCACCCCCGCGGGCCCGGGGUCUGCCCUGCCUGGCGCCUGCGCCUCCACCGACUCCCCCCAGCCCAGCUCAACUUUUAUUUCCUGGGCUGUAGAGCAGGAUCCGAGUUGGGGCAGGAUCUGGGGCGGAGACUGGCUUAUUCUUCCGUGGGCCGGGGCUGGGGCGCUCCACCGUCCCACAUGAGGCUUCUAGUCAAAUCUGAUGGCGUGUUCUUCGGGCUCUGCCCCUUGGUGGAUGCGCAGGGCCGUGAGGGGCUGGUGAAGAGAUUGCCCGGGUUCGCCCAGCCCUUUCUACGUCUGCUUUUGGCACGGGGAUAGGAGCCGAACCGCCGUGAGGCGGCUCAGCUGGUCAAGGCCCCGCUCUGCAAGCCUGUGACCGGGAAGGCUUCGCAGGGUGGGAGCAGGGAGCAGGCUGCACAGAGCUGCCCCGGCCCACGGUUAGAGUGGACAGAGUAGAGCUUCGGGGGAGGGGCGACAGCUUCGAAGGCUGGCAGCUGAAGUGCCUGAGCGGGCGUGAGGACCAGAGUUUGGAUCCCGUGAGCCAUGUAAGUGCCAGGUGACCACAGAGGCCGGCCCGCCACCCUGCCCUGCCGGGACACAGGGACACCCUCCUGCAAGAGGACUAGCCAGCAUGCCUCAGCGAGAGGGCCUCCCUCCUCAAGGCCCUGGCAUCAGCCUUGGGCCUCUACAUUCAUGCUUGCGUGUGCGCGCGCAGCUGUGCGUGCAGAAACGUGCGUGUAUACCUACAAGUCCUAAGAACAAAACCUUGGCUUGGAAGCCCAUGUUUGUCCUCCAGCCAUUCGGGAGCAGGAGGCUGGGGUGUCCGAGGCCAGCCUCGGGUACGUGAGGGGUACACACGCUUGUGUCCGAGGCCAGCCUCGAGUCCACCGAGGGCACACAGUAGUCUGCGAAGGAAUUGGAAGGCCGGAAGCCUGAGCGUUCAGGAUGGCUCCCGCCUCACACAUCUGUCAGUCUUGGGUGUUGAGGGUGUCGGGGUGCCUGGCAGGGCAGCUGUAGCUUUAUUUUCUGUGAACUGGAGUGCCCCCCCCAAGUCCUGGCAGAAGGGAUCAAAUGAGGUAACGCGUGAAAAUGCUUUGAAAACUGUGAAGUUGGUCCACAAUUGCCAAGGGCUGGGGUUAUUUGUCACUGUGCUCAGAGUAGAGCGGGUGCUGACUGCUGCCUUGCAGCCAAUGGGGGCCCGUGUGUGUGCGUCCGUCCUGAGAAGGCUGCCCUCGGCAGACUUGGUGGUUGGGAUUGCUCAAGUUUGGGGCUCUUGGGUUUCGACUGUGCUAGCCAUGGUGCAGGGUGUCUCCAUGUUGCCUUAGGCUGGAACAGAGUUUGGGGUACUAAGGAAGUGCUGUCCCUGGGAGGCCGCGCCUCCAGCAGGGGUCAGCCUUCCAAUGGGGAGCCCAGGUGUGCUGCGGGCCUCAUCCUGGCAGCCGGGAAAGGGGUGACGGGCCGCACCCCGCUGCCCUUGUGUCUGUUUAGAAACGGGCCCUGGGUGCUUAGCUUUUGGGGGCCGCCAUGGGCAAACCUACAGUUUGGCCUUUUUCCCUCGUUUCAGAGUGUGUGUGUGUCAGGGGGCGGCUUAGCUUGGAGGAGUUGGGUCUUGCACCAUGUGGCUCCUGAAGGUGAAGCUCUGGUCAGCAGGCUCAGCAGCGCCUUUCUGGCCUGAACCGUCUCGCCGGCCAGGGUACCGUGGUUUCUGUUCUUUCCCCCAGGACUUCGCUGUGGCAGGACUCUGGCUGUCCUCACAGGCCGUGCAGUCAGAGAACCCUCCUUGGUGCCAAGGGGCACGGGGCGCAUGCAUGGGGGCAGGAGAGUUUCUCCCGCCAGCGUGGGCAUCUCAGUGCACCUGUCUGCCUGUGCUAGAUGGCAGGCCUGGCCUCCCUGCCUGACUGAUGGGGUGCUGGGGAGUGAACCUGGCCGCGGCCGUGCCAGGCAGGUGUUGGGCCAGCUGAGCCGAGGCCCUAGGCCGCCGUGGGCUGCUUGUGCUGGGCUGUCCUGUGGACUGUGGGGUCGCCAUGGUGGCCUUUGCCUGAGCAUCGCUCUGCUUAGCCUGAACGUCUGCGGUCUUCUGUGGUCGCUGUCCACACCCCAAGGGAGCAUGCGGGGCAGAGGCCUGUGGUAGCCGGGUAGAAAGCUCGCUGCCGCGUGAGGAAGGAGCCCGUGCUGCCCGGAUGCUGGCACCAGGCCCCUUUCCCUCGGGCCUUCUCCUGCCUGGUCGGUGGCCCUGCCCUGUCGCUGCUUCUUCCCCUUUUUAAAUGAAGGUGGUCGCCUUGUCCAGCACCAGCAUCCGACCCCCACUUAGUGUGUCGGGAAGGCGUGCACCAUAGCGUGCUGUGGAGGUCUGCGGGUGACUCGGGUGGUUUUCCCUCCACCAUGAGGAUUCUAGGGGUGGAAGUCACGCUGGGCGGCAGGUGUUCUCUUGGGCUGCGCGGUGCUGCCAGCCCACCUCUCUGUGCCUCCUGUGAUGGCUGGAGGGUGCAGAGGUGGGGGAGGGUCACCCCCUGACCUCCCAGUGGGCAGCCUUCACCCUGCCAAGAGCACAGCCUGAAGGGACUGCCUGAGAAGCUUCCUGACGCCACCUCAGGUUGUUUGAAGGAGUGUGUGCUCACGCACAGGUGUUGGGAAUGGGGAAGGCUUGGCUAUGAAGUAUGUAGCCUCACACUGGCCUUUUUUCCCUCUUGGGAGUGUGAAGACCACAGCUGACAUUUGGCACCUCUCUUUCGCCGCCUGCCUUGCUGCCUUUUAAAUCUGUGUGAGUGUGCGCACACACGGGUCAAAGGGCAGUCUGUUAGUCCUUCCAGCUUGCUGGAGACAGGGUCUGGUUGGAGGUGUCACUCGUUAUGACCGGCCCACGAGCUCUUGGCCCUCCUGCCCCCACCUCCCUGCUCCCUGGAGGAUGCUGGCACCUCACCACUAAGCAUUCCCCAGCCGUCCACUGCAGCCUGGAGUUCCCGGGUUGGCCGGAGUGGGUGGCCAGUGAGCCCAGGGCCGGUGGGCUUUCCGCCUCCCGGGUGCUGGGGUCACAGACAGCACCGCUGGCGUCCGUGUACCGUGGGGCCUUGAACACAGUGUUGGUGCGGCAGGUGCUUCUGUGGCCGCCCUGUGGCCUGCCCUCCUAAGCAUUUAUUGUUGGUUUUUUUUUUUUAAUGAAUACUGAGGGUGGGCGCCCAGGGCCUGAGGUGCCCAGCGUAGCCUAUGCCACCCCUCACGGUGCAGGGCAGAGAGAUGGCACAGCGGCGACGGGCACAUACUCAGCACACAAUUCUGGUUCUUCUCUUCAUUUGACACAGGGUCUCUCUGCAGCCCUGGCUGUCCUGACUCACUGUUGACCAGGCUGGCCUCGCACUCACAGAGAUCCUCCUGCCUCUGCCUCCCUGGUGCUGGGGUCACAGGUGUGCGUCACUGCGCCCUGUGCACGCUGCUCUCACAGGCCCAGAGUUGGAGUCCCCACCCCCAUGUCAGGUGACUCCAGCGCCCAGAGACCCAGCCCUCCUCCUAGACUCUGGACACCCACAUUCAAAGGCACAUAGCCCCCACACGGACACGCACAUAGUGAGAAAUAGAAAAGAUUGGUGUCAGCCAGGCGUGGAAGUGCGUGCCUACAACCCCAGCACUCAGGAGGCCGAGAAGAAAGGAUUCUCUAAAAACAAAUAAGUGAAGCCCACCACUUCAGUCCUUCUUUUAGGAACAUUGGUGUUUGAUUGCAUGUGUGUCUGUGCGAGGGAGCCAGAUCCCCUGGAACUGUUACGGACAGCUGUGAGCUGCCGUGGGUGCUGGAAAUUGAACUCGGGUCCUCUGCAAGAGCAGUCAGUGCUCUAACCACUGAACCGCCUCUCCGGCCCACUGUGGUCAUUCUUUGGGCAUGUGGUUCUGUGAUGAGUUAGAGUGCUGGGCACCCCUCCCUGCGGCCAGCCGAAACCCUGGAGCAGCCAGCAUUUGCCAGUGGCUGCCCCUGCUCCAGGGCUUCAACCUUAGCCCGCCCAGCCCUGGCUCCUGUGGAAGGGUGUCCUUCCUUCUGCGCUGGGAGCUGAACUGGGCCUUUAGGUGAGUAGCGAGCACUGUAGCCUGAGCCAUCUCUGCAGCCUCAGCUCCCUCUUCUGUCAGGCCCGGGGGUUGAGGCCAGGGCCUGUGCAUGCUGGCAAGUGCCUGACCGCUGAGGGACAUGGCCAGCCCCUUUAGUUUUCCUUUCUUUUCUCCUGGGCCCGGGAGCAGCAGCGCUGAACUUGGGGUCUUUCUGCAUCCACCUCAGGAGCGCUAGGAUUACAGGUGUGCACCACAUCUGGUUUAUGCCGUGCCGAGGUCACACCCCAGCUUUGUGCGUGCCAGGCAAGCACGGGGCCAUCUUUUCAGAGUGGCACAGCCCCAGCCUUCAGCUUCCUCUGCCUGGCUUCUUCGCUUAGCACCGUGUCCUCAAGGUCUGCCAGGUCUCAGGUCCCCUCAGGGCUGUGGUGUGGGUCGUGGUUGUGAGUAGACCCAGCACGGGGAGGUCAGCGCAGCCAGGGCCAGCCCAGGCUCUUGGAGUUAAGGCACAUGCCUCGUCGUGGCUUAGGUGUGUUCAAGCCCCGACAGGUACAUCCCGGGGUCUGCUGCGGGGUCUCAUUGGGGGAGGCCUGUCUGAGGCCCCUCUGGUGGGACCUGUUCUUCCUUCCUCUAGCCUCCUGGUGUCUUGCAGCGGAUGGGGACUGCAGGCACACACUGGUCCAGUGUCCCGCCCAGCCAGUUGUAGGAACUCAGCCUCUGGACACUGCCUGCCUGUCCUCCUGCUCCUCCCGGAUGUGCCCCCCCCUCAGCGUCUCCUACCCAGGCCCCUAAAGAAGCCUGCCCUUGUGGUGCCCCCACCGCCCGGUCAGCGAGGAGACUGAUCCCGAACGGCCCUUUCCCAGAUGUGAGGCUUCUCUCAGGCUGCUGAGACUAGAGCCGUAGCUCCCUGCUGGGAUUCUCUGUCAGCCCUGCUCAAGAGAGCCCUUGCUCCCCUCCGGGCCUGUCAGGUGUUUGGACAGUGCAGCCUGCCCUCUCUCCACUCGUCCUUAGCCUGCGAGCAGCCCAGCUCCGCGAUGGCAGCCGAGACACUCAACUUUGGGCCCGAGUGGCUAAGGGCCCUUUCGAGUGGUGGCAGCGUGGCCUCUCCGCCCCCGUCCCCGGCCAUGCCCAAGUACAAGCUGGCAGAUUACCGCUAUGGACGAGAGGAAAUGCUGGCGCUCUACGUGAAGGAGAACAAGGUCCCGGAGGAGCUGCAGGACAAGGAGUUUGCGGCGGUGUUACAAGAGGAGCCGCUGCAGCCGCUGGCUCUCGAGCCUCUGACGGAGGAGGAGCAGAGAAACUUCUCCCUAUCAGUGAACAGCGUGGCUGUGCUGAGGCUGAUGGGGAAGGGGGCUGGGCCCCCUCUGGCCGCCGCCCCCCGUGGCAGGGGCACCACGCGGAGCCGAGGCCGGGGCCGUGGCGACAGCUGCUUUUACCAAAGAAGCAUUGAGGAGGGUGAUGGGGCCUUUGGCCGCAGUCCCCGGGAGAUCCAGCGGAGUCAGAGCUGGGAUGACAGAGGUGAGCGGCGGUUCGAGAAGUCUGCGAGGAGGGAUGGAGCGCGCUCCGGCUUUGAGGAGGGAGGGGCCGGCCCGAGGAAGGAGCACGCGCGCUCGGACAGUGAGAACUGGCGCUCGCUCCGAGAGGAGCAGGAGGAGGACGGCAGCUGGAGGCUUGGGGCAGGGCCUCGGCGGGAUGGGGACCGCUGGCGCUCCACCAGCCCUGAGGGCGGCCCCCGCUCUGCUGGCUGGCGAGAGCAUGGGGAGCGGAGGCGCAAGUUUGACUUUGACUUGCGAGGCGAACGAGGAGGGAGUGCCGACGAGGAUGGGCGGGUUGGGGGAGGCGGCUCUCACCUGCGGAGGUGCCGUGGGCUCGAAGGCUUUGAGGAGGACAAAGAUGGACUCCCAGAAUGGUGCCUGGAUGAUGAAGAUGAGGAGAUGGGCACGUUUGACGCCUCUGGGGCCUUCCUGCCUCUUAAGAAGGGCCCCAAGGAGCCCAUUCCCGAGGAGCAGGAGCUGGACUUCCAGGGCCUGGAGGAAGAGGAAGAGGAGCCUGUGGAGGGGGUGGACGGAGAGGGGCCUGAGGCAGGGGGGGCGGAGGGGACCCUGUUGCCGCCUCCAGAGACGGCAGGCUCCCCGGCCUCACUGCCUGCCUUGGGCCCUCUCUGGACGAAUGAGGAUGGCGGUGACGCAUCGGAGAAGGACCUUCCCCCGGCUGAAGAUGAGGGGAGGGAGCUGCCCCUGAGUCCUGCCGUCGGCUCGCCCCCAGGCCCACCUGGAGACCUGGAAGACGAGGAAGGCCUGAAGCACUUGCAGCAGGAGGCAGAGAAGCUGGUGGCCUCCCUGCAGGACAGCUCGCUGGAGGAGGAGCAGUUCACCGCCAUGCACACGCAGGGCCUGCGCCACCCCACAGCCGCCACCGCCCUGCCCCUCAGCCACGGCGCCGCCCGGAAGUGGUUUUACAAGGACCCGCAGGGGGAGAUCCAAGGCCCUUUCACCACCCAGGAGAUGGCGGAGUGGUUCCAGGCCGGCUACUUCUCCAUGUCGCUGCUGGUGAAGAGGGGCUGCGACGAGGGCUUCCAGCCCCUGGGGGAGGUGAUCAAGAUGUGGGGCCGCGUGCCCUUUGCCCCGGGGCCGUCGCCGCCCCCUCUGCUGGGGAACAUGGAUCAGGAGCGGCUGAAGAAGCAGCAGGAGCUGGCCGCCGCGGCCCUGUACCAGCAGCUGCAGCACCAGCAGUUUCUGCAGCUGGUUGGCAGCCGCCAGCUCCCGCAGUGUGCCGCGCUCCGGGAAAAGGCAGCUAUGGGGGACCUGACGCCGCCGCAGCUCACGGCGUUCCUGCAGCAGCUCCAGGCUCUCAAAACCCCCAGAGGUGGGGACCAGAACCUGCUCCCGACGAUGAGCCGGUCCUUGUCGGUGCCAGAUUCCGGCCCCCUCUGGGACUUACAUACCUCAGCUUCACCACAGUCAGGUGGUGAGGCCAGUCUUUGGGACAUACCAAUUAACUCUUCGACUCAGGGUCCAAUUCUAGAACAACUCCAGCUGCAACACAAAUUCCAGGAGCGCAGAGAGGUGGAGCUCAGGGCGAAGCGGGAGGAGGAGGAGCGCAAGCGCCGGGAGGAGAAGCGGCGGCAGCAGCAGCAGGAGGAGCAGAAGCGGAGGCAGGAGGAGGAGGAGCUGUUCCGGCGCAAGCAGGUGCGGCAGCAGGAGCUGCUGCUGAAGCUGCUACAGCAACAGCAGGCGGCGACCGUCCCUGUGCCCCCGGCGCCCAGCUCCCCGCCCCCACUCUGGGCCGGCCUGGCCAAGCAGGGCCUCUCCAUGAAGACCCUGCUGGAGCUGCAGAUGGAGGGCGAGCGGCCGCUGCACAAACAGCCCGCACCUCGGGAGCCGCUGCGGGCCCAGGCCCCCAACCACCGCGUGCUUGGGGGCCUGGGCACCGCCCCUCUGAGCCAGUGGGUGUCUGAAGCUGGGCCACUGUGGGGCGGGCCAGACAAGAGUGGGGGCGGCAGCGGCAGCCUGGGACUCUGGGAGGACACCCUCAAGAGCGGCGGGAGCCUGGCCCGGAGUCUGGGCCUGAAGAACAGCCGGAGCAGCCCGUCCCUCAGCGACUCCUACAGCCACCUGUCCGGCCGGCCUGUUCGCAAAAAGACGGAGGAGGAGGAGAAGCUGCUGAAGCUGCUCCAGGGCAUCCCUCGGCCGCAGGACGGCUUCACCCAGUGGUGCGAGCAGAUGCUGCACGCCCUGAGCGCCGCGGGCAGCCUGGACGUGCCCAUGGCCGUGGCCACCCUCAAGGAGGUGGAGUCCCCCUACGACGUCCACGAUUACAUUCGCUCCUGCCUGGGGGACACGCUGGAAGCCAAAGAAUUUGCCAAACAGUUCCUGGAGCGGAGGGCCAAGCAGAAGGCCAGUCAGCAGCGGCAGCAGCAGCAGCAGGAGGCCUGGCUGAGCAGCACCUCCCUGCCGACCGCCUUCCAGGCCAGCCACAGCACCAAGCUGGGCCCUGGGGAGGGCAGCAAGGCCAAGAGGCGGGCGCUGGCGCUUCCCUCCGACCCCAGCAUCUUGGGCUACUCCCUACACGGCCCCUCCGGUGAGCUGGAGAGCGUGGAUGACUACUGAGCAGCCCGGCCCACCAGCCCCUGGGGUCAGACUCGGGCGGCGGCGGCGGCCCUGGGCUCUCCAGCCUGCAGGCUCCCGGUGAGGAGCAGAGGUGGAACCGCGCGCGGGGCGGGGUCCCCAGCACUUGUUACCGACCACACGGAGCACCUUAACUCACCCACCACGAGGCACUUUACAGAUAGGGGAGGGGGCUUUUCCUCUUUAGUUUUAAACAUUAGGAGAGACAGAAGUGUCGUUCAAGAGCUAGACUGUAGGCCCCUUCACCCCUUGGGGACAAUGGGUGUGACAUUGGAAGGUCCAGAGAGGUUAGGUUGGGUUUUGUUUUGGGGUUGUUGUUUUUUUUGUUGUUGUUGUUUUUUGUUUUUUAAGAAAAAUAAUGAAAAAACAAAAACAAAAAAACCCAGUUAGGCUGAAAGGAAAAAAAACCACACUGUUAUUUUGGGCCAGUGGGUGCCAGGCCCCAUGGAACUGUCCCGCCUGGCUCACAAGGCUGUGCUCACCCCGCUGCCCCCGGAAGGUGGGGUGCCUGGAAGCUGGGUGCUGGCAGUUGGCACAGCCCUCUCCAGAAGCCCGCCCCGGACCUGCUGUGACCGGCUCCCGGGCAGCGGCCUGGCAGGCGUCGCCCCUUGUCAGCUGCUUCGGGAGGAAUAUUGCACAAAUUGGACAGCGCUGCCUCCGCUUCCUCUCCCCGACCCCCAGCAGCCCUCCCACCCUGGCUGGGGGAGCCGGGCAGGACUGUCCGUGCCAGCCUGUCCGAGGCGGGCUCUGAGCCCGGCCUGCCGGGGGCUGUCCCCACUGCUGCCAUUUCGGGGGCAGCCUGGGCGUGCCGCGGGAAGCCCGGCGCCCUGCCUUUCGCCACAUGAAUGUAUUCUCGGCCCCGUGCCGGGCUCCCCCGAGGAGGGCCCUUCCUGCAGUUGCCAGAGACCGCUGCUCCCGCCAUGGCUUGUGUGAGGGAGGGAAGACCCCGAAGGUGGCCGAGGCCGAGCCUGGGGCCGCAUGGGAGCCCCAGGAGCAGCAGCUGCCUGAAGCAGACCAGCUCUGUGCCCACCCCUCCUUGACCAAACGGAGGAGCCACCCCUCCAGUUUCGCGUUGUUGUAAGGCUGGAGGUAGAGAGCGCCUGUCUGGGCUGGGUCUGCCGUGCCCGUUGCUCACCACCUCACUCCUCAUCCACGCCUGGAUCUGUCUCCAUGUUGAUCGGCUUUUUUUUUCCCUCUUUGAACUAUAGAGAAUCCCUCCAGCAAUCUCAUUGCUCAGAACGCAGUAUUAGGACGAGACUGCCUCUGCCUCCAUGAAUGUAUUUCUCCUUUCUGCCCUGGGGAAGUGGGGAGUGGCCCCCGGUUCUUCUUUUCCAUCUGUCCCCAGAGAGAUGACCUUUUGUUUUCAUUUUAACUUUUUUCUUUCUUUUUUUUUUUUUUUUUGCACCAAAGUGGCAGCUGGGUCAGUGUUCGGGACAAGGCUGGCUCUGGUGGAAGGCCCUCCACCUGCUUCUCCCUGGCUGACAGUGUUAGUGUCUGUGAAAAGACAAUAUUCUCUCUAAAGCAAUAAGGGGUGAUGGGCCGGGAACCGUCUUGCUGCUGCUGGCCCCCAGCUGCCCGCCCUCCGGCCCUCGAGGCUUUGGAGGGGCGGAGGACUCCUGUUGUGACUGAAUGUAACCUACCCUGCCCCUGCCACAGCCAAUGCAGGGGAGGGGGCACGUGUCUCUUCCUACCCCUUCCCCCAGCUAAAGAGACUUUGAACUUGGGGGCCUGUGAGCCUGGAGAGGCCUUAACCCUGUGAGGAAGAGUAGGGGGAGCCCUCUCCCACCCCAUCCCCUUUGAGAGUGGUCAAUGUUUACAAGCCCUGAGCCCCUAGCCCGGGACUCAGACAGCCCCCCACCUUGGUCCUUUCCCGUCCCAGUCCUACAGGCCGGAGCCGCCCCGCCCCUCCUUGGGGUCCAGGUAGCAAGGCUGUCCUGCCUGUCCCAGUGCACCCUACCUGUACCCUGUGUGACCUCCCGAGUCCCUGCUCUUGUAAAUACUCCCAAUAAAAAAACUUGGUGUGUUCUCCCAGUC